AUGGGGAAAUCAACAGUUGGUGGCAAGUCCAGAAACAAAGAGUUAUUGUAUGUUUUCAUGACUUGGUUGGUGUUUUGUACUUUAAUGCUUUCAGGCCAUUAUUCAUCCUUGAUUGACCUGACAAUGAGUUCCACUCCGUUUCCCAUCUCUGGAAAAUCCACUUUUUCCCUUCCAACUAAGAGUUUAUUUCCCAUCAGAAAAACCAAGGAAAAUCUACCUGAUGGUAAGAGAGAUGGUGUACUCGAUUCGUGCUCAGGUCGAUAUAUUUAUAUCCAUGAUCUUCCUAGUAGAUUCAAUGUUGACAUAAUCAAGAACUGCAAUUCCUCCCUGAUAAAGUGGUUUGAUAUGUGCAAGUGUGUGAUGAAUGGUGGUUUCGGUCCUGCGGCCUCGAAUUCCAGGGACAUCCUGCAAGAACAUAGUUGGUAUGCAACAGAUCAGUUCUCGCUAGAGGUUAUUUUUCACAACAGAAUGAAGAAAUACCAAUGCUUAACCAAUGAAUCAUCGUUGGCAUCUGCAAUUUAUGUGCCAUUCUAUGCAGGUCAUGAUGUUAGUCGGUAUCUUUGGGAAAGUAACAUAUCCGCGAGAGAUGCAGCUGGUGUUGAUUUUUCUGACUGGAUCAAUAAGCAACCUGAAUGGAAAACCAUGUGGGGAAAAGACCAUUUUUUUGUUGCAGGAAGGAUAAUUUGGGAUUUCAGGAGAGAAACAAACAAGAGUUCGGGUUGGGGUAAUAAUCUAAUGCUAUUGUCUGAAGUAAAAAAUAUGACUGUCCUGACAAUUGAAUCAAUUCCCUGGAGCCCUACUGACAUUGCAAUUCCAUAUCCUACUUAUUUCCAUCCAACCUGUCAAGAAGAGGUAGAAGCAUGGCAGAAGAAGAUCAAGCAGCAGAAAAGGCCAUACCUUUAUUCUUUUGUUGGUGCACCACGCCCUAAUACGCAAGGUUCAAUUCGGGGUAGGAUUAUCGAGCAAUGCUUGGAUUCGAGAGAGAAAUGCAAGUUGUUGAAUUGCAAUAUCAGUUCGAAUGACUGCUAUGAUCCAGGUCGUGUGAUGGAAAUAUUCCUGAACUCCAGAUUCUGCUUGCAGCCUACGGGGGAUUCGUACACUAGACGAUCAACUUUUGACUCAAUCUUAGGAGGCUGCAUUCCUGUUUUCUUCAAUCCGGGAGGUGCAUAUGGCCAAUAUGUAUCAUAUUUGCCGAAGAAUCACUCAGAUUAUUCGGUCUUCAUUCCAGAGAGUGAUAUCAGAGAAGGCAAGACAAGCAUAGAAGAGGUAUUGCGAAAAAAAUCAGAACAAGAAGUUGUAAAGAUGCAGGAGGAGGUAAUAAAACUGAUCCCCAAGGUCAUAUAUGUGGAUCCAAGUUCUGGAUUGAAUACUUCUGAAGAUGCAUUUGACAUAUCAAUCAAGAAAGUUCUUGAGAGAGUUAAUACAACUAGAAGAGGCAUGAAAACGGUUUAG